AUGAUGUCCAUCCUCUCUGCUCUUCUCUGCCUCGGGCUGAGUCUGGACCAGAGGACCCGUGUGCAGGCAGGGACCGUCCCCAAACCCACCAUCUGGGCUGAGCCAGGCCCUGUGAUCCCUUAUUGGAGCCUUGUGACCAUCUGGUGUCGGGGGAUCCUGGAGGCUCAGGAGUACCGGCUGUAUGCAGAUGGCAGUCGUCAGUACUUGGACAGACAGAAAUCGCAGGAGCCUGGAGACAGGGCCAAAUUCCUCAUUACAGGAAACUAUGCAGAGAGAUACACCUGUAACUACCUCAGCCCCACUGGCUGGUCAGGGCACAGUGACCCCCUGGAGCUGGGGGUGACAGGAUUCUACGACAAACCCAGCCUCUCAGCCCUGCCCAGCCCUGUGGUGACCUCAGGAGGGAACGUGACCCUCCAGUGUGGCUCAGGGCAGGGAUUUGACAGGUUCCUUCUGACUAAGGAAGGAGAUCACAGGCUCUCCUGGACUCUGGACUCACAGCCACAGCCCAAUGGGUGGUCCCAGGCCCUGUUCCCUGUGGGCCCUGUGACUCCCAGCCACAGGGGGACGUUCAGAUGCUAUGGCUAUUUUGAGAAGAAUCCCCAGGAGUGGUCUGACCCUAGUGACCCCCUGCAUCUAAUGGUCUCAGGACCCUCUGGAGGCCCCAGCCCCCCACCCACAGGGCCCACCUCCCCAGCUGCCUCUACACCCCAAGACUACACAGUGGAGAAUCUCAUCCGGAUUGCUGUGGCUGGAUUGGUGCUGGUGGUGCUCACGACCCUCACUGUCGGCUCAGGUGUUUCAUUCUCAUGGCCCCAAACGUACCUGUCACCGACCAUCCCCUGCACAAAGCCUGUCUAUGAGUCCCGCCUGACUUCAGCCACAUCCAGGAUCUCCACCAGGCAGUUCGUGCUGCUGCUGAUCAGGCUGACCUACACUUUCCAGUCUCAGUGA